GAAUAAUUUAGCGGCUCUUUUUUAAGAAUUUUUUGUUGAAAGCCCAAAACCUCACGGCGUUCUCCCUCAUCGACGGCCGGAGCUUCGCCGCCUAACCAAUUCGUUGAACGACUUCUCUCCUCACAAUCUCCAUCUUCCGUACCCACAAUCAUUUAUUUUUAUUUACAAAAAAAAAAAAAAAAAUGAAGGCUCGUCAUGAAUCCCUCGGUCGAAGAACGUUGGAAGAUAUUCGACAGAAGCGAGCGGCUGAAAGAUUGAGCAAAACCGUAUCUGGACCAGAUCUCGGCAAAGAUCCCAUUGAUGUUGUUGCCCUAGAUGGUUUGGGGAUUAAGAAAUCCGAGAGCACAAAUCGACUGUCGGAGAAUGAUAUCAGUGGGUUAGUAUUACAGCUGAAAGACAUACACCAACGAAAUGUAGAGCUCGAGGAUGCAAACGCGGAAUUGACCUCACUGCUUAAGAAGAAAGAAGUUGAAGAUGAUAUGCUGCAGAAGCGACUCAGUGAUCUGGAGCAGAACACAGUCCCAUCAUUAAGAAAAGCUCUCAAGGAUGUUGCAAUGGAAAAGGAUGCUGCAGUUGUUGCACGGGAGGAUCUUUCUGCGCAAAUUCGUACGCUAAAAAAACGCAUGAAAGAAGCUGAAGAAGAACAAUAUAGAGCUGAAGAGGAUGCAGCUGCGUUAAGAGCAGAAUUGAAUUCUUUGCAUCAGCAAGCAAUGAGCAAUACUCCAGCUGCCAUCAAUGCAACAGGGUAUUCAGUUGAUCAGAUGCAAGCCAUGGAAAAGGAAUUAUCCAAUUUGAGGUCCAAGCUUCAGCAAGAAUCCAUAUUGAGGCAGCAAGAGCAUCAACAAUUAGCAGAGGAGCAGGCACGUAACUCUGACCUUAUUAUUCAGAAACAAGAGUUAGAAGAAAAACUUGCAUCUGCCUCAGAAGCAGCUCUAGAGAGCAAAAUAGAUCAGGCAAACCAUAAGACACUAACAUUGGAUGACAAAGAGAAACUCGAGAAGCAAUUGCAUGAUAUGGCAGUAGCUGUUGAGAGAUUGGAAAGCAGCAGACAGAAACUUCUAAUGGAGAUUGACUCCCAGUCUUCAGAAAUAGAGAGACUAUUUGAGGAAAACUCGAGCCUCUCAUCUGCUUACCAUGAAUCGACGGGAUUGGUGGCACACUGGGAGAAUCAGGUGAAAGUUUGUCUACAGCAAAACGAGGAACUUCGUAACAUGCUAGAUAAGUUGCGGAUGGAAAAGGCCAGCGUAGCAGGUAUAAAUGAUAAAGCUUCGCAAGCAUUGUUGGAUUCCGGCAGAGUAGAUAAUUUGAUUGAGCCUCAAUAUGCCGCUGAAUUUUAUUCCAUUAAGAGUGAGCUAGCUAAAGAACAAAGCAGAGCAGAAUCUCUAUCUGCAGAGGUGUUGCAGCUCUCGGCACGCCUUCAGCGAGCAACCCAAGCUUAUAAUGGUCUUGCACGCCUCUAUAAACCGGUGUUACGGAACAUUGAGAACGGUCUUAUGAAGAUGAAGCAAGAUGGUUCAUUAUCUGUGCAGUGAUAACUAAUGAUAGAGAACUAAAUUAUCCUCUUUAAUUGAUUUAAGUUGUACAAGUACAAGUAUAUGGAUCAUGUGUGUGCUUUCAUUGACGAUGAAUCCUUUCGUUUAUUUAGAUUAAGAGCUGUGAUUGGUUUAGCUCUUCUAGGGUGUAUACUGACCACUGAUGGUGUAUCUUAUAUCACAUUGCUUACAGUCAUUCUUUGUACUUUCAAGUAAAAAGUUUAUAUGUAUGUUGCAUGCUGCCAAGUUAUGAUGA